AUGCAGACUUAUAGCGGUGUCAUCAAAACUCCGUUGGAUGCCAUUAUCCUAUUUGAGGCCUGCCGAAUUGGCUUAUUACCUCGAGUACAACGCCGUCUUUCUGACCACGAACGAAGCUUGAUUUGCGCUGGUAGCGUAUUUGUUUGGGACGAACGGGAAGCUGGAAUGCGUCGUUGGACUGAUGGUAAAUCAUGGAGUGCUUCUCGUGUGAGUGGCUCCUUCUUAACAUAUCGGGAAAUGGAAGGAAAACGUAAGCCUUACCAAGGAACUUCUAGUGAUAGUACUGUGAAACGGUCUUCUUCAAUAGACCCUCAUAACUCUUUAAACUCUUUUCAACAGGACGAUAGUGGUGCAGGGAGCAUGAGUGACGAUAGUUCUAUGGAUGACGAAAAUAUGCGUGGUUUGCAUUAUAAACCUAACGGUUUAAUAAAACAAUCCUUUAGUAUCACUACGUCUUUGAACCACAAGUUACAUUUGAUUUCUUACUCUUCUCCCAUUCCAGAUCCUUCCCUUGUUUCACCAUCUUGUGAUGUGAACUUGUCACGAAUCACGAUUCCUUAUGGUUUGUAUCCUGAUGCUGGCCCACCGCUUGUGCAAGCACCCAAGUUCCUCGCUCCUUAUGAUAUACCCGUGGAAAAGGUUGCUUGUAGUGAGGAUGCUCGGGUUCUGGACAAACUUCGCCAAGCAUUAUGGUUGUAA